CACUUACGCCACUUCUUCGCUCCAAACAGUCCGCGGACAUCGCCCGUGCCAUAAUACCAAUUUAAAAACUUAAAAACAAACACGCAACGAAUAUUCAACCGAAAACCGACGCCAUUUUUAUUUCGCGCGCGCGUUUUUUCCAAAGUUUUUCACAGUGCAAAUUAGGUUUUUUCGCUGUCUACUCGGCUCCGGCUACAGGUUUUUUAAGUGGUGUUAUUCCUACCUUGCUCUUAAUUUGAGUGAUGAGUGAGUCAUGCCCUAGUUUGGAUGUCCGACGUCGUCUCAAUUUGCCGAGCUAAUGUUGUAAUUGCAGCCAUCCAGCCGGCGAAAUAGAGCGAGUGAUGAACUGAACAUGGAGUAAUUUUACACGAAAAUUUCCCCGCAUUCGGAUAACUCUAGUUUUCGUGUUAUACGGCCAUAAUAUUCUCCAUACAACCAGCGAUAAUCAUCUGUAUUCCAUAGAAAAUUUCUCUGUUUAUUGGGAUGCAAAAAAGGAAGUUAUUAUUAGUCCGGUAUCAGAUGCAAUGCAUGUUGUUAUCGCCACUUAUCUAGACCCCUCGUGAUAGAGAGAGAUACAAGAUAAUCCCCUCUCGGCUGGCACAAUAACCCGAUGAAGCAUGUUAUCGAGUUUUUCACCCAAUCAGCUGAUUUGCGCCUCUACAGCCGUGUAAGUUGCAGUCUUGCAAGAGAAAAAGUGUAAGAAAAUUUGCAUGCCGGCACGUCAGCGUCACGGGGGAUCGCGCUGGCCGGUGGUGUAGUCAUAGUCAGUCGACGGCGCAGGCGCGAGGCGAGAGGCAAUUAAACUUUUUGCGAAAGAGAAUUUCUUAAUUCAAAACAUUGAAGACGCCGUGCUGUGUUUAGAAAUCGAACGAAGCCGAUAGUUUUUCCGUUAUCGAAUUUUCACCGAACCGUUUUUAGCGAGAUUUUCCGAACGAUUUUUUUUUGUUAUUGAAGUGAGUGCGUAGUGAUAAAGUGAGAUGGUGUCGUGAUAUUAAAGUGGUGCAUUGGUUAAAUUAUGGAAAGAAGUGUUUUAGCGGAACCUCACCACGUCCAUUGGGCUUCCGAACUGCACUCGGAGUACCGCAGCACGUACCGAUGGCACGAGUUCAAGAGCGCGGAGCAGCCGCAGGGCGGCGGCGUGGUGAAGCAGCCCGCGCCCAACCCGCCCGGCGCGCUGCCCAUCGCCAGGGGCCCCAUAGAGCCGGCGAUGCCUCGUCGCAAGAAGUACCCCGGCGUGGCGUACAAGGCCAACGAGUUCUUCGACCCCGCGCCGGCUGACGACAUCCGCCCGCAGCCCUCCUCCAUGUAUGGACGAGCCAGGAGUGUACAGAGGAACGAAGUGGACCGCGCGGGGCGGCGCAGCAAGUCCGAGGGGCCGCGCCAGCCGCGCUGGACCGACACUGUCGAGCCUAAGGCGACAACAGCGGCGCUGGGCGAGGUGCGUCGCUCGAAGGACCCUGACAUCGUGAGCACCGAGUACCGGAACCAGUUCGCGUGGCCCAAAGACUCCACAGACUCGGCUCCCAGGAAGAGCAUCUCCAUGGGCGCUCUGAAGAAGGCCGCUGCAGCUGAAGGGGCUGUGGAGGCAGAACCUCUAAUGAACCACACUGAUGAUCACGACGAACAUGUCCCAAAGAAAUACAUCGAAGAUUAUCUCUGGAACGGCCAGAAGCCAGGAGUUCAGAGAAAAUCGACGUUCCGUAGCGCGCUAUCGGCUCUCAUAUCGACCGGGGAGGACCGUUCGAAAGAUAAUAGAAAACGUUACAAAAGCGAGUACAAAAAGAAAUUUAGACCGUUCUCCCAGUACGUGUUCGAGGCGUCUAAAGGGACGUUUACGAAAUGCAGGGGUAAAGGGAAGUCGGGCGGCGGGGGGGAGGGGGAGGCGAGCGAGCGGAUGUUGGGCCCGGAGCCGGCGGCGGCGGGGGCGGCGGGGGCGGCGGGGGCCAUGGCGGCGGCCGGCGACCACGCGCACACGCUGCGCGCCGCGGGGCUGCAGCCGCUGGGCCGCGCGCGCGGCGAGGCCUGGUACCAAGAGGUGCUGGACCUGCGCAAGCGCGCUGGAGAGUACAAGUACCGCGGCUGGGGCACAGAGCUCGCCCCAGAGCACAUCACCCAGCUUUACAAUAAACAAAUCGAGCUAUGGUACCAGGUCUCCAGGAGAUCCUCGCUCUCUGCGUUAUCACUAGCUUCCACCAAUCACAAGGCUCUGCCGCGUGAUGAGAAGGACGGUAAGGACUCGAAGAACGUCUCUCCGAAGAAGUUCAGGUCGUUCAGAUCGGCUCCGCAUCAGUCCAUCCACGCCAAGCUUCAAGAGACGAAGGCGACGGAGCGCUCUCCGCACAAGACCUCGCCCCAGAAGCAGAGGAAGAAGAUUUCCGGACACAGCUUCGAUGAGGGGAGCACCCAAGAAGGCAAGACAGAAGCGAAGGGCGAGUUCCGGUCGCCCCGCAGGCGGCCCCGCUCGGCGGACCCCGCGCCGGUGGCGCCCGCGAAGCACCUGCCUAACGGCCACGAGCCGCACCCGCGCCCGCACAAACCCACCGGUUUGCCGUUGAAUAAAGGAGCUAGUACAAAUAAAGUUAGGGGGGCAACGACCACGAGAGGGGGGAGGUCCCCUUCGGCGCCGCCGGGGAAAGGGGGGCUGGUUAACGGGAUCGCCCGUGUGAACGGGGCAACCGGGGUAAACGGGGUGAAUGGGGCAUCCGGCCGGAGAAGCAGAAGUGUCUCAAAAGUGGGCAUUAAAUUGGACGAAGUAGACAUGCCGUCGCACCGCAGUGCCUCCGUGGCUAAAGACCACUUCUUCGACGACUCUCCCAUCGUCAAGUCUCCACCAGAACCCACCAGGGUCAAGUCGCCAGAACAAAUGAACAUGCGGUCUCCAGACCCCGUCAACUGGACCGUGCCUCUGGAUACCGGGAAGACUUUCACAGUCACCCAGAACGUUAAGAGUGAUGAGGGCGUAAAACGCCCUAGCUCUGAGUUUAAGGGAGGGUUCAUCGCAGAGGAGAGCGUCGCGAAGCCAGCCCCAGAAAUCGCACCGGUCCACCACCAGCAAAUGUCCCCAAUACGGAUGAAGAAGAGCGAAUCCCCGACCAGCCUCAGCAAGCGCACCGACAAAACCCCCACCACCCCCACCAGCCUUACUCCCAUAGACGAAACUAGAGCCUUAGACAUGAACCAGCUCAAUGGCGUCACCAACGGAGUGACCAACGGCGGCGUGACCAAUAGAGUUAAUGGCGUCAAUGGUGUCAAUAGUAACCAGCUUACUCCAGAGAACCCCAGUCAUGAGUUGCUCCCAGAGAAGGGUGUGCUUAAAAAGUCCACUGAAGCGACUCAGGUAGCCCCUGGCGUGGUGGAUACGACUGUAGUCACCGAGCAGUCUGGAGGACUUACAGCUGCAGAGGUGCUUGAUCGAGCUCGCAAUCGAUUCGACAAGUUUUGGGGCAAAAAAGAAGAGGAUAACGUUUAGAUGUACAUGGAAAAGUUCCCAUACUAGCUGAUGGUAAUAGUUUUCAGACCGGAGGCCGAUAAUGUUGUGCACGCUGCCAUUUGAGACCGUUUGAUAUCAAUUUUACAGCAAACUCUAUUGUGACCACAAAGAUCAGCGUAUGAAACAUUUUCUGCCAAAAAAGUAUCAGAUCGUCAAUGAACGUUUGAUACUAUAACACACAUAAAAUUUAGUAAAUUAUUAGAAAUCAAUUAUUGCUGAACGGGAUUCAGAUAAAAAAACGCUUUGCUUAUUUCAAUGACCGUGUAACUUAGUAAGUAUACUUUGGUUCUACUUUUUAAUAAUUAAAUAACUACCGGAUUGAAGCACUGUUUCAGUGAUAGGAAUGUGGGCUUGUGAUAGUAGUAUUGGUAUUAAGUAUUGACUUGCAUUGAUUUAAUAAUAUUUAUUAUUAGUAUUAAUUAAUUUUAAUAUUUAUAAUAAUAUAUACUCACUAGGAUUUAUCAAGGUAUCGACACCUACAAUUUAGGCCCUUAUGAAAUUCUCAUCCAACUGACUGCCCCUCUUCAUCUAUUUAUGUAUGUAUUAUACUGUACAUAAUGGUUUGUAUCUACUUAAUCAAUUUUAAUUUUUGCUCAGUAAUUAAAACUUGGUAGUAGGUACUUCCGUUGGAAACUGGGUUAUUGAUAAUGCAUCUGAUCAAAAUAAAAUAAGGUCUAAUUUUACCAUGAAAAAAAAUAUGCCAGCUUACUAGGUAAUAUACCCGUUAAUACAAUUUAUAUGCAGAAUAUAUUUAGUUUUAUAUUUUUUGCAGUACAAGCUAAUAAGUAUUUUAUAUUUAUCUUUAUAGGCAUGCACGGUUACGUUCUAUAUCUUUUCUUUGCGUUCCUUCAAUACGUCGUAAUGAUGAACGAAAAGUCCGCAUAUUGAAGUACCUAUACAUUUUCAACUGAACCGUCCAGUAGAUUUUAUUUUCUUUGCUUAGAACAAAACAAUAACAUUUUAACAUUAUUUUGUGUUUUAAUCCUUAACAUAAUUCAUUAAAGUAAAGUAGGUAUUCGUUAACUUUAACAACAAAAUGAAAUUUAUGAACGCAGCUUUUUUUCGCGCUAUAUUUAGGGCGGGAACGAAAAGUUAAAAACUCAUCAAAAAAAUUCUAUACUCCUCCGACAAACUCCGUAACUUUAAAUAACAUAAAUAAAUAAUUAUAACACUGAAAAUGGAACUAGGUAAAAAGUCCUGCCGACUAUGCUUAACAGAAACAGAUUUUAAUGUUUCCCUUUUCGGCAGUUAUUGUCGCAAAACAAAUAUGUUGGACAAAAUCCUUGUUUGCUUACGCUUGCCUAUUGAAGAGAACGAAAACCUGGACACAAUCUGCCACAAGUGCGCUGACAACGUAGAAAGGUAUUAUGAAUUUAUAACUUAUAUCAAAAAGGCUCAGGCUAAAGUAGGGAGCAGUCAAAGAUACGUAGAACCAAGGCACGUGAAUACAAAACACGAGAAUGAAACACACAAUGUUCACAUGAACAAGAGACUCGUCACGUCCUACGUCAGGGAGCAAGUGUUCGACACCGACUACACAUUCUCGUUUCUGGACGCACCCAAUGAAGAGAAGAAAGAAACGCGACCCUCCAGCCCUUUAUUCUCAUACUUAUCACCGCCAAAUGUCCUUAAAGAUUCCUUCAAAGAUUCCUUGAAAGAAACCGUUUGGAAAACUCCCCAGCAGAAGACAAAAUACGGGUCUCAGAGAAGCCCAAAGAGGAGUGAAAGGAUCCGAGCGGGCAAUAGAGCCUCCGAUAGACCCCGGCAUCACUCCAGGGACCUCUUUGAGUCUCAGUCUCAGGAUGUAGAGGAACAUGAACCCAGAUCUUUUGACUGGAAACUGACGCCAGAAGAUAACAUCAUUAAAAGAGUCCGUGAGAACUGUUUCGGUCUUUCAAACUUUUAGUUACUUUUUGUUGUUUAUUAUUAUUUCUACACAUUUACUAAUUAAUGUUGUCACACAUUACUUACCGUUAUAUCUUGAGAAUGUGGUAUUGUUUAAAUAACAGGGUAUAUUUGACUACCUAAAUGUUGAUUUAUGAAAUAGAUUUUACGUAAAUAUUGAUCCUUGAAUGUUUCUCUGUUUUAUAUUGGAUGGGAUGAUUUAUUGGGUUGCGAAUACUUAUAAAAAAUACUAACUACAUUCUUAAGGAAUCUUAGAUUGUAUUGUGUUAGGAUAAUAUUGUUUAUAUUGCUGUGUAGUCCAUUCGAUAUUUUUAUAAUUUUUGUUUAAUCUCAUGAUAUUGUAAUAAUGUAGAAUUGGUACGGAAAAUGUAACUUCGAAGGAUAAUAGGUAGGAACUCCUAUGAAUUAAUAUCAUUAAGAUAUUGUACUGUAAGUGCAAGUAUUAAAAUGUAAGAAACGGCUGUAAUGUCAUUGAAAUAUUAAAUAUUGUCAGCAAAUAUUAAAUUAUUGGUUUGAACGCUGUGUAGAUUUUACAAAUAUUGUUAAUUCAGUUCCUAUAUUAAUUUCGCGCACAAGACCUUACGCAGUCCAUGUUUUAACAAUAGAUUUUAUUUAAUUACCUAAGACAACUAAGCAAACUUUAAGUACAGAGAAGUAUUCAUUAUUGUUACAUUAAAUCAUUAAUAGAUUAUAAAGGAUAGCUUUGCUACGGGUUUUUAAUAGCGUGUGUUGAUUUUCAGUUGUUAAAAUCAAAAUGGACACUUCAAUAAAACUUUGCAAAAACA